CAGCAAGGCAGGAGGGGACAGAGGGAGCGACGACGCCUGGCAGGAUGGAUGCGGGGCAGGUGACAUCCACGAACGGGCUGAGGAUGGUGGCCGCCAACAAGCUGGAUGGCUGGAUCGCGGAGGUCCUGCAGCCCAGCACAGCUUUCUGCAAGCAGGUGAAGGACACGGUGAGGCAGAUCUGCGACUUCCUGAAGGAGGACUGCUUUGACACCGAAAUCCGUGUCCUCAAGACCGUUAAGGGCGGCUCGGCGGGCAAGGGCACAGCCCUGCGAAACAACUCCGAUGCCGAUGUGGUGCUCUUCCUCAGCUGCUUCUCCAGCUACCAGGACCAGAAGCAGGAGAGAAGGCGUAUCCUGGAGUUAAUCGAGAGGAGGCUGCAUGCCUGCAGGCGGAGCCUGAGUUUCACGGUGAACAUCACUGAGCCCCGGUACAAGGGUCCUGGCAAUACGCCACGCUCCCUCAGCCUCACUCUCUGCUCCAGGGAGACCUCGGAGUCCAUCGAGGCAGACAUCCUGCCCGCCUACGACGCCUUGGGCCAGGUGAACUGGGAUGCCCCACCAGACGCAGGGGUGUAUGUGAGGCUCCUGAAUGCCAGCAGUGACCCUGGGGAGUUCUCCCCCUGCUUCACCGAGCUGCAGAAGAAGUUUGUGAAGCGUUACCCCGCCAAGCUGAAGAACCUCCUGCGCCUGGUCAAGCACUGGUACAAGGAGCUGCUGAAGCCACAGUACCCAACUGCAGACCUGCCCCCCAAGUAUGCCCUGGAGCUGCUGACCAUCUACGCCUGGGAAGAGGGCACAGGCUCCCACGAAUCCUUCGUCAUGGCCGAGGGCUUCCGUACCGUGCUGGAGCUGCUGUGCCAGCACCGGGAGAUCUGCAUCUACUGGGAGGUGUACUACUCCCUCCAGCACAGCCAGAUCGGUGCCCAUGUCAAGAAGCUGCUGCGCAGUCCCCGCCCUGUCAUCCUGGACCCUGCUGACCCCACGGGGAUCCUGGGCCAAGGCAAGAAUUGGGAUCUGGUGGCACAGGUAGCUGCCCACUACCUUUCACUGCCCUGCGUCAAUACCGCCCGGCCCUGGGAUGUGCAGCCAGCCCGGCCCGUGACUGUUGAGGUGAGGCAGCUGGCGGGCACCAGCCUGAGCAAGACCGUCAGCCCGGGCACCACCAUCUGGCAGCUGAAGGAGGAGAUUGAGAAUGUGUGGGGCAUCCCCCGGUAUAGGCAGCGCCUGGCACAGCAGGAGCCGGGCAGGAGCGCUCUCAUCCUGCAGGAUGAUGAGACCCUGGCCACCCACGGCAUCUUCUACAGCACCACGUUAAUGCUGCUGCAGACCGAGCCCCAGGCAAUGGAGGUCUUUGUGAAGGACGACAAAAACCGGACCACCACCUACACAGUGAAGCCCACCGACACCGUCCGGCAGCUGAAGGAGCAGAUCCACAGCCGGCAGGGCCCUUCUGCCGACCAGCAGCGCCUGACGUACGGCUCCAGGGAGCUGGAGGACCGGAACACGCUGGCACACUAUGCCAUCCAGCCCAGGAGCACCAUCUUCAUGCUCCUGCGGCUCCGGGGGGGCUCAGGCCCCCAGCACCCCUAGUUCCCUGCCUGCUCACCCUCCUGAACUUUGCCCCUGGCCCAUGCCCCUGCACUCCCCCUGUUGCACUGGAAAUAA